AUGCCGAUCACGCGCGGGAUACACGACCCGCGUCAGCCGUACGUCGUGCCCGAGGGCGCGUACGCGUGGGGGGCGAAAGGGGAUUGGAACGGGAAGACGGGCGAGGACAUGGACGUCGAGACGCAAUUCGCGCGCACGACCACGACGGAAGGGUUCGACGGACGAAUCGAUCACGCGCACUUGAGGAAUCAUGAGGUUCGAUUGACCGAGGAGGAAUCUAAGUUUGUCCCGAACGCGAAGAACUUCGCGCCGAGGCCGAAGAAUUGGAAACCCGGAAAGCAUCAGAAUUACUUCUAA